AUGGGAUGGUUGUCAAAGGCCUUAGCGGCCAAGUCGGAAGCCGAGAGGGCUGAGCUGAAGUCCUCGUCAGGUGACUUUCCGCGUUUUGACCGCAUCUUGGCUGCGGCGUUUUGUCGUCCAGAGCACCUCAGGUCUUCUUUUGGGGUUCGUUUGAACGCGUACUUGGAUGAAUGUGAACUGGGGGGUAGUGAAGUAAGGGGUAGGGUCAUGUUGAAUUAUGUAGCCCGCGAGUAUGACACCGACAGGAACUCUGGGGCGAUCAUGACAGCAUUAGAGCUCUACAACUUACCUGCACCUCAGGACAAUGCAUCAGCUUUGCGACAAUGGAGAGAUAAAUCAGAGCUUCAAGAACUUCUUCAAGGACCUUCCGAGGCCUCUGAACCUUCAGAAGCUGUAUUUGCGCCACGCGCGGGCGGUGAAGAGGGUGACGAGGAAGACGAAGUUUGGGUUGAUGGUUUGCCACCAAAUCAUUUGAUGACUCACUUACCCAAGAGUAACCAGUGUGAUACUUGUUUGAGGGCGAAGUUGUAUGAAGCACCUCAUAGGAGACGUGAAAACCAAAGGGAUGUGUUGAAAGAUGCUAGAUCAAGGGAAGACCCCAAGGGACCCAUGGAAAGAGUUGCAGUAGAUUUUGUCAUCGCUCAGGACUUAGUCAGUCAAACCGGUGAAAAGGUAGCAUUGGUUUCAGUAGAUAAAUAUUCAGGGAUGAUCGGUGUCCAUCCUUGUGAAGACCGGAGCUCCGAAGAAGCUGAGAAGGCCAUGAGGCACUUCUUUGGGACUAAGGCCAUCGAAACGGUUGAAGUUGGGGAUGACAGGGGAAUGGGCCCGAUUGACAGCUUAGUUCCGCCGCCCGAACUGGAAGAUAUCCAGGGCGAAAGGGACUUGGAACGGGAAGGUGACGAUGAACGGGACAAAGGACCUGUGUCAGGAAUUCCUGACGAAAGGGCGUCGGACAUUGAGGCAAGACUUUCUCGAGGUCCCGAACCUGCGCCUCGCGCGGUUGGGGUGGAGGAGGAAGCAGAGGAUCAGGGAAGUUCUGGGUACGCCGCAACUACCCCAAUUGAUUCUGAAAUCGGAGAUUUUGAGUUUGAGGACCCUGAUGCUAUUCAGAUCUCCGAGGACAAAGAUGUCCAAGAAGUUCCAGAAAUGUCUGGGGCAAUGGUUAAUUUGAAUGCCGCAACCUUAGAUGAGGAGUUCAGGCAGAGCCUCCAGGAACGGAGGGACCAAUCUCGAAAGAUGGUUUCAAGCUUCUCGGAGUUGACGGAUUUGGCUGUGGAGAAAGAGAUCCAACAGGACCCAAAGGCCAUUGAGUCCAUCAGGAAAGAGGUUGAAGACAUCAGGGCAAUGGGCGUCUGGGACGACAACAGUGUGACUGAGUACGAACAGGUGAAAAGCCAGGCCAAGAGGAACGGUGAAGAGAUUCACUUGGCUGAGGGGAUGGGACUUAAGACGAUUGAGGGUUUUCCUUCACUGUGGUGGGAUGCAACCACGCGCGUGCUGGUGGCCGCAUAUGUGGAUGACAUCGUUUGCGCAGGAGGGGCAAAGGAAGUUGAAUUGUUUUGGGUUUCUUUGAAGAAGAAAAUCGAGAUCGAUGGGGUUGAAGUUCCAGGGAGGUAUUCAGGACGAGACCAUGACAUCCGUAGUAUUGAGAAUGGUAAGACCAUGUUCAUGUCCAUGGAAAAGUACUGUAGAUCAGCGGUUGAUUUGUACCUUCAACAUGUUGGAGCUGUUGCAUUAAAAUCUGUUUCAACACCCUAUCUCAGUGACUCUGAGCUGAAUGUGAACGAUUGGGAGUCACAAGGGUUUCUCGGUGAAAAGUCAGCUUCAAUUUUAAUGAAGAUAUUGUGGCUUGCCCGACUAAGCAGGCCAGACCUGUCACACGGUGUGACAAAACUGGCUUCAGGAACCAGUCGCUGGUCGGUAAACCACGACAAGAUGCUUCACAGGUUGGUAAGUUACAUGAAUGCCACUGCUGACUACGGGGUUCACUGUUUUGUCAACGGCAACCCAUCGGAUAUCUCUUUGCAUCUUUACACGGAUGCAGAUUUGGGGGGUGAUGUAUGCACAAUGAAAUCUCACACUGGGAUAUUUCUUUGCAUUGAAUGCCCGAACGGAACACUCUUCCCAAUAUCUUGGUCAUCCCGUCGACAGCAAUGCGUUUCCAAAUCAACCACAGAAUCUGAAUUGGUUGCUUUGAAUGAUGGAUUAUAUGGUGACGCGCUCCCAGUUCAAACAGUUCUUCAACUGAUCUUUGAAAGGGAUAUUCCUUUGGUUCUCCACGAAGACAACCAGGCAUGCAUUCAAAUUUUGAAUGCAGGUUACAGCGCUAGAUUAAAAUCCAUGAAUCGAACGCACAAGUUGUCAAUCGCCGCGAUUUCCGAAACAAUUAAGGACCUGAAUCUCGAACUGAGGUAUACUGUUUCUGAAGAACAGCUUGCAGACUUGUUUACUAAGGUUUUGGCCCGUGUGAAAUUCACCGAGGCACUCCGAAAGCUAAGAAUCGGACCGGCUUCUCUCACCUUUUGA